UUUUACUCAUCGUCGUGGUAUUCGACGCACAUUGGAUAAUAUUCUCGAUUUGUACGUCACUGUUCGUGGGAGUGCACGACCGGCGCGUGAGUCAGUCGUGUCUUAGUCCUCAGUACUGACUGUUGUGUCAUUAAUUUCUUGUUUUUUAUUUUUUAAUCCGGCGACAUCAUGCACGAUACGAUACGGAAUCAGUUGGAGCAAGACGGGUACGUCGUGUUGCAAGAUUUCCUGAGACCUGCAGAAUGCGAUGAAUUAAUCGCAGCCGGCUUAGAACUAACGAAGAACGCAGCCGACAGUGAUAAGAGAGCCAUAUUUUCCACCACGGAAUCCGGUAAACAGCAACAUAAAGACGAGUACUUUCUGGGCAGCAACGAUAAGAUAAGACAUUUCUUCGAAGAAGCAGCAAUUGGUCCCGAUGGCAAACUACAAGUAGACGCGAGUGUGUCAUUAAACAAGGUGGGGCACGCGUUGCAUCUCCUGCAUCCAAUCUUCAGAUGUUAUACGUACAGCGAUCGGGUGAAGACGGUGUGUCAAGAGCUCGGCUUCAAAGAGCCUUCAGUCGUCCAAAGCAUGUACAUUUACAAAAAUCCCGGGAUAGGGGGCGAAGUGACGGCUCACCAGGACGCAACGUAUUUGUACACAGAUCCUGUACCUCCAGUCGGUUUUUGGAUCGCUCUUGAAGACGCGACUAUUCAAAACGGCUGCCUGUGGAUGGCCAGGGGCUCACACAAGUCUGGAGUACACAGAAGACUGACGCGCAACCCUGACAAGGAGAGCAAAGAGGCGCUCAUUUACGACAGACCAGCUGCUCUGUAUCCUCAGUCCAGUUUUACGCCCAUACCUGUUCCCAAAGGAACGUGUGUGCUGAUCCACGGCAACGUAGUACACAAAAGCGCUCACAACAGAUCAGACAAAAGCCGUCACGCCUACACCUUCCACGUAAUAGAGAAGCAUAACAAUCAAUAUUCGGCAGAUAACUGGCUUCAAGAAGGAGAGAAUGCGCCAUUCUUAAACCUCUACACUACACCCCAAUUGAUGUAAAUUUGUAACGUAGAGCAUUGUUGAAAUGAAAUAGUUACCGAUAUAUCUAUAAUCGAAAUAAUUUAGUAUGCAUGCCAAAACCUUCACAAUUGAACUUACAGACGCCAAAAAAAAUUUCAUGUAAAAAAAUCUUAACGUUGACGUCAUUGUAAGUACGAGAUGAAAAUCACAACCACGAAGCAUCUAGAAUAUGGCAUUUGUUAGUCCUAAACGCUAAUAUCAUAUUAUUCUAUUUAACAAAUUAAAUGUGAUUAAACUUAGGAAUGUUUCACUUAAAUUAUGUUUAAUAUUUCAUUUCAACAAAGUUUUUCAUUAAUUAGAAGAAACAUUACUUUGAUUAAGACAAUAUAAAUUAAUUGCAGUAAAGAUAUAAAACACUUCUUGUUCUUAGGAACAAAUAAUUGCUAUUAGUAUUUUAUCUACUUCUGUAAAUACGUUAUAGUCGUAUUUAAAUGCAUAAUUUUGAUUAUUAUUAUUAUAAUUCAUGUCGAAAUUAUCAUCAGAAAGACCAUUUUUGUGGACAAUGGUCUAACAUAUUAACGAUAAUUUUAGAGAAUUCUAUUAAAUUCUCGAGGCAUACUGCAAUAUAUAUGUCGAUAGAAAUGCAAUAAUCCUCAAAGAACAAAUUAAAUCAGGAAGGAUUUUCCAAAACCAUAUUUCUUUGUUGUUUCUACUAUUGCAUAAACAACAUAAAACUAUUUUUGAUAUUUGCUUUUAUAUACAUUUCACUUUACACCGAUUUACAUGAUGUAGCUUAUUAUGUAUUUUGCUCGAGCAUUGUGAUACUUUGAACUCGCCGUCACGCAUGGAUAAUGUGAUAAUUUUGAAUAAACAAUACAAUGAUUUGUUUUAUUACUACAA